CCUGUACCGUACCACCGCCCCCCUGUACCGCACCUGACCGUACCAUAAAUCGACCCUAUACCGCACCCUCCAAAAUGGACCCAAUAGAGCAUUGCUCUUAGAAACAGCUAAACUUGAAUAUUAAAAGUGCAGACGCUUGCGCGGGUUUGAGGAAUGCAUGGAGCGGACCGAGGAUAAUUGCAAAAUUGCAACUUGUCAUGCUCAGGGGUAAGCCGGUGAACACAUUCCACCUAAAAACAUACCCCGUCAGUGGAUAACCUUUCCCCACCAAACAAGAACAGGACUGAAGGAAUCAGAAAAUGAUAGGACAUGUAUGGACAUAGAUUUCAGCAAAUUGUUUGAGUCUAGAUAUGUGUCAAGAGGAAUGACACAGACGUGUCAAUCAAGACUAUUUUUUCUAUUUCUUUUUCUGCGUCGGUUGUCCCAAUGAGGUUGGGCUUACCAUGCCGAUGAAGUUCUGCUUGCUCUUUUUUUGUUUCUUGCCUCGCUGCUUACUGGUUGUGAUUUUGAAUUACUUGGGCUGUCGCUGGCUGCUCGCAUCGGAGUCUUUGGGUGACCUGUUCCUGAAUUCCUUGGCGCUGGAAUUCAUGGUGCUCCUCCCUGAGUUGCUGUAUAGGACCUUUGCGGCAGAGCGGAGCAUUUUGCGGACCGAAGCAACAUUGGUGCACUCAGGGCAAAUGGACAAAGUUUCCUUGAUCGAUGUGCUGGCGGCUUUUGCUUGGAUCAUCAUUGCAGUGUUAUGGGUUUGUACAUACCUCUUCCACUUGCAAGCAGUCCUGCCAGGCUAUGAGUGGGAUGUGCAUCACAUGUGUGCGAAAUACCGUGACAUCUUACAGGGCUGAAUGAUGCAUUUGCGGAGCUUAUGAGAGACAAAGUUUCUUCAUACAAAGGUGCGCAGUUUGCCUUGUGCAAAGACGGGCAGAUUGUUUGAACUUAAGUGGCAGAACGACCAAGCGAGGUGCUUGAAAGCUUCAAUCCUAUGCCUGUAAUGGAC